AAGCCUUUUAUAAUUCUCUAUCAUCCUUUCACAAAUUUUGCUAUAUCUACAACACAUGUGAUAGAUUCAUGUGUUUAGGCAUAUAGUCAUUGCCAAGAAAACUGGUUAACUUUUAUUCGUGUGUAUUUAUGUAUUCUCCGGCAAAAACAGGACUUUUUCGGUCGCCGGGAAAUCUAUCUUCGCCUUCUGAUUUCAUGGAUUAUUUGGUCGCGGGUUUCUUAGUUUUGACGGCCGGAAUUCUUCUCCGUCCAUGGCUCUGGUUUCGUCUAAGAAACUCGAAAACAAAAGAUCAAGAUCAAAAAGAAGAAGAAGAUAAAGAGAAAAAGAAGAAGAAGGGAAUGAUUCCGAAGGGAAGCUUAGGAUGGCCGGUGAUCGGAGAAACCCUAACCUUCAUUGCUUGUGGAUAUUCUUCUCGGCCUGUAACGUUCAUGGACAAACGAAAGUCGUUGUACGGGAAGGUGUUCAAGACGAACAUAAUAGGGACACCAAUCAUAAUAUCGACCGAUGCAGAGGUUAACAAAGUGGUGCUACAAAACCAUGGGAACACAUUUGUCCCUGCAUACCCUAAAUCAAUCACCGAACUACUUGGAGAAAACUCUAUUCUCAGCAUCAAUGGACCUCAUCAAAAGAGGCUUCACACGCUCAUUGGCGCAUUCCUCAGAUCUCCUCAUCUCAAGGAGAGGAUCACUCGAAACAUCGAGACCUCGGUUGGUCUAACUUUAGCUUCUUGGUCUCAACUUCCAUUGGUUCAUGUCCAAGAUGAAAUCAAAAAGAUGACGUUUGAGAUACUAGUAAAAGUAUUGAUGAGCAUAUCUCCUGGAAGAGAUUUGGACAUUCUCAAGCUUGAAUUCGAAGAAUUCAUAAAGGGUUUGAUUUGUAUCCCAAUCAAAUUCCCUGGCACUAGACUUUAUAAAUCCCUGAAGGCGAAAGAGAGGUUGAUGAAGAUAGUUAAGAAGGUUGUGGAGGAGCGACAAGUUGCUACGACGGGAAAGAAAAAGUCUCCGGCGAAUGACGCGGUGGAUGUGCUUUUAAAAGACGUUAAUGACGGUGUUGGUUCUGAUAAGAAAUCUCAGCCGUUAGAUUUCGUCAGCGGAAAGAUCGUCGAGAUGAUGAUCCCCGGAGAGGAAACGAUGCCGACAGCGAUGACGUUGGCUGUCAAAUUCCUAAGUGACAGUCCCGUCGCUCUAGCCAAACUCGUGGAGGAAAAUAUGGAAAUGAAGAGGCGGAAAAUGGAGUCGGGAGAAGAAUACAAUUGGUCAGAUUAUAUGGCUCUCUCUUUUACUCAAAAUGUGAUAAAUGAAACGUUGAGAAUGGCUAAUAUCAUUAACGGUGUUUGGAGGAAGGCUCUCAAAGAUGUAGAAAUUAAAGGUUACUUAAUACCAAAAGGAUGGUGUGUAUUGGCAUCAUUCAUAUCGGUUCACAUGGAUGAAGACAUUUAUGAGAAUCCCUAUCAAUUCGAUCCGUGGAGAUGGGACAGGAUUAAUGGAUCGGCAAACAGCAAUGUUUGCUUCACACCCUUUGGUGGUGGGCAAAGGUUAUGUCCUGGUUUAGAACUAUCGAAGCUCGAAAUCUCCAUCUUUCUUCACCAACUUGUAACCCGGUACAGUUGGACGGCUGAGAAAGACGAGAUCGUGUCAUUUCCGACGGUGAAAAUGAAGCGGAGGCUUCCGAUCCGAGUGACUCCCGUCAAUAGAGCCUCUCCGGUCUAACUUGAAGAUCAUUAGCUAAAAGAUCCUCUAACAGAACAAAGUGUUUGGGCUAAAGGAAGCAGAGAAGCAAACAAAGAAUAUUAAAAAGAAAAUUAGCAGAGAAGAAAAGAAAAGCAAACAAGAUUGGUGGGUAAGGCAGAAAGAGCCAUACGUACAGCUAGUGAUGGCACAAAGACGAGAGGUUCUAAUUAUAUUUUUUUGGUCAUGUCAAAUUAUAAGCGUUGGUAGGCUGUCCCUUUCUCGUUUAUUUAUCGUACCAAACGCAACUUGAGAUAUGAUUCCAAAUACAUAUUUGUAUGGUAGAUAAGUAAAUUACUGUAAUUCCUAUGCAGGUCGUCUCAAUCAAAUUCUUUUUCUAGUUUUUGUUUAAUGCCCAUCAAGAACAUUUAUC